AUGGUCAGCGUGGAUCCGCUGGCCUCUGAACGAUGGCGUCACAUUCGGAGACUGACCGACAGGCCGACGGCUUUCGCGCCGGCUUGGUUCGAGCCCGGGCCUCAUGUUUGUAGCGUUUUUCGAAUUUCAGAGCGUUUAUUUUGUUGUCAGAAGUAGAAAUAAGGACCAAAUGGUUUUCGUUUCAAUUUCAUGUUUGUCAUCCGUUUAGCUUUAAAAAAAGAUCGGAAAACUUUCAGAUAAAGCGUUUUUCAGUAUGUUAGUUGUGUUAUGAGAAAGAAGAAACGCCCAUUUUUUUUCCUUUUUUUUUACUGUUCUGGGAUUUUUUUGGCUUUUUAAAGAUCAAAUAUGCUUCAAGAAAAAGCCCCAGAAACUAGAAAUUAAGUACCAAUACCACUUUUUUCAGAGAAUUUUUGAGAUUUUUUAUUUCAUUUUUUUUGUCUUUGAAGAAACUUUGAAUUUCAAGCGUGUUUCCUUAAUUAUCACCAUAGCGUCAAAUUUUCUUUUCUCUGAAAAUCACGAUUUUAAGAACUUCAAUUUCCUUCGAAACUCGUCGGUUUUGGUGAUUGGCGCCGGCGGAUUAGGAUGCGAAUUGUUGAAAAACUUGGUAAAUCAUUAUUGAAAACUAAACUUAUUUCCAUAUUUUGAGGCCCUCAGUGGGAUCAAAAACAUCUCCGUGAUCGACAUGGACACGAUCGAUUUGUCCAAUUUGAAUCGCCAGUUUUUGUUUCGGUAAUUGUUCAUUUUUCAGUAUUUUUUUGCUUGUUUUAUCACAAAAAGCUUCGAAAAUAUCCAGAAAAGCAAACAUUUCAGUGAAAUUGACGUUGGAAAGUCCAAAGCGGAGGUGGCAGCGGCUUUCAUCGAAAAACGGGUUUCUGGAUGCUCUGUGACGCCGUGAGUUGAUGUGCAGCGAAUUUGGUCACGACUCCAAAAAUUCUAUUCUGCCUGCGCUCUCUCUUCCCUCACCUGCGAGAUUUGGCGCUCCCAAAACUUUCUAGAUCAAAAUUGGCAGUCCCAAAUUUUUUUCGAUUCUAAAAGUGGCACUCCCAAAUUUUAAGUUUAAAAUGGCAGCCAAAAAGUUUCAAAGGUUGAAGUGUGUAGUCCAUUCUUAGCUGGCUUGGGCCAAUAUCCCGAGAAUCUAAGGAUGAGGUGAAUAGGGUGUUAUGGGCAGAGAUUCAGACGUAGCUACAGUUUUUUUUUCCGCUCUCCAAACGAGUAAGAAAUCGAAUGUUUCCAUUUCUCUGGUCGCGUUCGGAAUGGCUUGACUGCGUUGCGGAUGCGCUGCGGCUCAAUUCAAGUGCUCAGAUUUUUUAAAUAUCGAUACGCGCAAACGGUUUUGCAACCCAUUGAUAAAUUCUCCAUGCGACCAUCUUACGAAAAAUCGUCUCAAACGGACUCAAAAUCGUGUCAAACGAAACAGGAAUAUAGCUGAUUCACAGCUGGCUUGAGCCAUCGAAAAAAUGGUCCUGACACGAUAAUGCACGAGUAAGCGCCUGACUCGUGGAGAGCGCAGACAGGUCACGCCCCCUUAGGGUCCCAAGCUGGCCGUGAAUCAGCUAUAAGACUCAAAAAUUAAUUGACAACCCCAUGAUUUGAUUUUCUCCUUAUUUCAAUAUCAAACUAUUGAAAUUUCCAGCCUUUUUCAAUCAGGAUCAUGAAAAAAAGAAACGAAAAUGCGCCGUAAUACACUUCUGCUGUUUAGUUGACACUUCCUUAAAGAAAUAUCAGACAAAAAAAAAUUAAAGUUACAACUGCCGGAUCGAGGACAAACCGGCCGAGUUUUACCGAAGAUUCACCCUGGUCAUUUGUGGCCUGGACUCGAUUGCGGCUCGCCGAUGGAUCAAUGCAAUGCUUGUUCGUUCUUUGUUGGACUUUGAGUUUAAUUCUGAUGAAUUGGAACUUAAUUAGUGACUGAAGAGGGUUUCUGUAGUGAAAAAAAAAUUUUUUUUGAGAGAAGUUUUAUAUUUACAGUGCGAUUUGGUGCAAACGUUACCCAAUGGAGAAAUCGACCAGACGACGAUUGUUCCCAUGAUUGAUGGAGGAACUGAGGGGUUUAAAGGUACACUGGCAAAGUCAAAAAGGUGGAAAACGGCUCCAUAGAAAUGUUCCUUUUAGGGUGAAAAAGGUUUCUUUUUUUCUGCCCUUUUGCGCCAUUUCAUCGGCCCUUAUGCACCAUUUUUGCUGCCUCCCUCUUUUCCCACGAUUUCUUGAGCCUAGAAAAGUUGAAAGCUCAAUGAAGGGACUCUCUUUGCUACCUUUUUGCUGCCUUUCUGCGACCUUUCAGCGGCUUUUUUUGGCCUCUCUAGCGGCCAUUAUCCACCAUAAAAACUUUGCCGAGUAGAAAAAUAACUUUAAUUUUUUGAACUGAAUUAUGACGCGAAGAGCUCUUUUUACUAUUUUUUAUCUUUCUUAUUCUUAACAUAUUCCUGAACUUUGAAGAACAAAACUAGCCCUGUCGACAAGUAUACUUCACCUAUUUCGUGUCAUUUAAGGAAACGCUCGAGUGAUCUACCCGCGGAUGAGCGCCUGUGUUGACUGUACCUUGGAUUUGUUCCCACCUCAGGUUCUCCAUUUUUCUGGAAAAAAAGCUUAUGUUUUUAACUUUAGGUAAACUUCCCGCUCUGCACGAUUGCCCACACGCCAAGGCUGCCUGAGCAUUGUAUCGAGUACAUCAAAGUGGUCGUUUGGCCCAAGGAGAGGCCUUUUGAAGGUUUUCCGGGGAAAAUUGGUUCAAAGUAUAGUCGAGAAAAAAACCUGACUAGGAAGGUCUUCUUACUUGUCCCUAUAAAGGGACCAGAACACUUUCAGAUGUACCAGAGGAAGAUUCUGAAAAUCUCGAAAUGUGCGAAAUUCUAGAUUUUGAAAAAGGAUACCUCCAAGUCCAAGAAAACGUCCAAAAUCGGGUGAAAUAGACCUUUUACGGCCUUGAGGCGUUACUCGGACAUCGAUAACGCAAACCGGACGCGCCCUGGACGUUUCUGAGCCUUUAUGGGGAUAACUUGAGUGCUUUAGCUGCUAAAGGGAUCACUAGGAAUCAAAAUUUUGCGUUACCGAGUACUACUGAAAAUUUGCGUCUUAUGGAUACGAUAUUUUAAAAAAUUCCUUGAAGAAUCAGAUGAAAAGACGUUUUUUUAAAGCGUGAUAGUUGAUCAGGUUGGCACUUUCAGGGCUACAUCAAAGAGCAUUUUGACCGAUUCUAAUCGUAGAACUUCGAACUUUAGGAGAAUCCUUAGACGCGGACAACCCGGCGCAUGUCGAAUGGGUCUUGGAGCGAUCGAUGGCUCGAGCCGAGGAGUUUGGUUGGAACGAAUGAUUUUUGAUUUAAAAAAAUCGAGGAAAUUGAUAGGGAUCCGAGGCGUGAACCGAAGAUUGACGUCGGGCGUUCUGAAGAGGAUCAUCCCGGCCGUUGCGUCGACCAAUGCGGUCGUUGCGGCUUCUUGCGCCCUGGAGGCUUUUAAGCUUUUGACAAAGUUGGACUUAUUUUUUGAUAGUAGUAUACUUCACUCGCUGCGAAACUAUGACGUGUCUGCGCUCUCUUUCCUCUCACUUCCUCUCGUCAUUCUUAGGAAUUUUAGCGUGGACCCUAGAGGGCUUAGGUGAAAACAGUCCCUAUAUGGACCGAAAAAGUGGCACCUAUAGAGGUUUAGGGUCUGAUCCUUUAGCCGCUAAAGCUUAAGUGGGCCCAAUUUUAUUCAAAAAAGGUUUUUUUUAGUUUUUCGCAUGGGCAUGCUUCUUCGGCUAAAGUAUAUAAAAAUUAUCGACUACCCUAAAAGGACUACGAACUAAAACCCCUAUAGGGACCACUCUGAAGAUCCUAAGUCGUGUGCUUUUUCCUUUUUUCACCGUGACGCAAAGUUUUCCAGUGUCUGCGUCUCUCUGUUUCCUCAUUCAAAAAUGAAAAUAGCACGUCAGAAUGAGAGGGUCGAGGGCGCAGAGAAGUGUCGCUUCUUGAAGACGUGUCAAACAGGCUAUAGAGGAAGAAAAAGGAGGGCGCAGACAAGUAAGACAGCUAUCCUGGGAAAUGUAGAGGAAAAUUUGCGUGUUCCAUGUUGCUUCGAAAAUGAAUCGAGAAAUGCUUGCAAAUGUAAUUUAAAGAAACCUUCUUCCUGAAGCUUUUUGAGAACUUUUUCAUUUUCAGCACUGCCAGUGUGAUCGACAACUACAUGAACUUUACCCAAAUCGAGGGCGUUUAUUCGGGAGUCGUCCACAUGGAGAAGGAUGUGAGUUUUGAGAAUGAUCUGUGAGAAAUUUGUGAUCAUUCUGAGGAUUUUCUGUAUUCCAGCCAAACUGUGCGACGUGCAGCGGCGGAAGCUUCCUGAUCAACGUUUCGCCUGAUGACGUCUUGGAGCAGUUCAUGGAACGGAUCGUUGCUAAAUUGUGGGUGCUGGGAAAAGUUUUGAAAAGUUGUUUUAUGCUAUUCAUAAUUUAUUGGAAGGUUUUGGUCGCAUUUGGAAUGGCUCAGCGCGUUGCGGUUAAGUCUCAGUGAAAGCGAUGACGUCAUGAAGGGCUAUUGAACCUUAAGAUUGGCUCUAACUUUAGGAAAACAACGUAUCAGUAAAAAUAAAGAAAGUUAUGAAUUAAGUAGACAUAUCGAUCGAUUUUCAUGACGUCAUUGUUAGUGCUGAUGACGUCACCAAAUAAAAUCGAAACUGAUUACCCACGUCUCUGGGAAUUGGGGACCGCCAACUUUGAGUUCAAAAAAGUUGGGGGUCCCCAAUUCUCUUAUCUCUCGGCGAUGCUCUCAUAUUAUACGCGCUAUUUUCAUGUUUCUAUGACUUUUCCAGCGAAGGAAAAACAGGUCAAGCUUUCGAAUGCUAGGCACUAGUACCCGUAGGAUAUAAUUUUGCAAAACGGGUCCUCUAAAGUUGCUACUGCCAUCACUCGAUGUUUUUUUACCUUUUGGGUGAUCCCCUAUACCUUAACGGGGGCUUGGUGCGUGAAUUAGACGGCUGCGUAGAUCCGCUGGAUUUGAACGGGGUUUAUAGUCUUUUCAGAUUUCAAAUGUCAAGUUCUCGCUGAAUCUCCGCCCCCUAAUGGCGCGAUAAACCAAUCAGAGAGAGAGCUAUCCACAGAGCGUUUUCAAAUGACGUCAUUCUACUUGACAUUCAAAAUCUGAACAGACUAUAUAUGCGGCUAAAAAUUGCAUUUCGGGUGUUCGGCUGGGAUUGAACGGGGGUUUGGCGGUAGCACUCGCGGAUGCUGCUGAAAAUAGUUUUGACUCGGCCGCCUCGCAGCCGUGUCGCGGUCAGCCAUUCCAAUUGAAACUUCGGACUAGAUUUCCUAUUUUUAUUUUACAGCCAGCUGCGCAACCCGUACUUGGAGACACUCCGCCAGAAAUUGUUCUGGGUCAGCGAUUUCUACCCGGAGAUGAUUGAGAGGAACAAGGCGAACCUGGGUAAACCGUUAAGAGGUUGUAAAAGUCACAAAAAGGAAAGAAGAAAAUUUGAAUUUUCAGAACUUGUUAAUGAAGGCGAAGAGAUUCUGGUCGUCGCCGAUAACUUGUCGAAGCCGAUUUCGGUCCGCGUCAGCUUUUCCUGA